CCACUAGGCCACCAGGGGACUCCCAAAUUCCAAUCUUAAUAUCAAAUAGAAGUAUAUCCUGACCUACACAACUUCCAACCCUCUUUGAAAUGUAUGCAAAGUAGGAUGCAGCUUGAAUUGGAUGAGAGUCCUCCUUUCCAUAGCCAAUAGAUAUGUAAGCAUUUUAUUAUGCCACUUGAUUUGUCUUACCAUAGUAAACUGGUAUUUUCAUAGAAAGCAACAAAACCUGUUGCCAAAUUACUAUCAGAGAGAAAUGGCCAGUCCUCUACCAGAUACACAGCUACUGUAUGAAAGCAUUAAGUAGAGACACAUUCAUUAGGUCAGUUUUUUUCCCCCUCUGGGAAUAUUUUUAAGCUAGGUAAAAAUACCUUGAAGAUGAAGAGGAAUUUUCAAAAUUCUGCUCAUUUACUUAUUUAUGAUAAAGAAGUACAACAUCUACUAACAUCUACUCUUUAAAUUUUUUCAAAUUAAAAUCAUUUUAUUCUUACUCUACGGUACACUACUCAGAUCUUGAGCCAAUCUCAAAAUCCUUUCUUGGCAACUAUUGACCCUAAUGGUGACCCCCUUCCUCAGCAAAUGGAAGAGGAAUGACUUUCAUAUGGACAGAAAUAAAAGGCAAACUCUUCUGCAUUUAAUUUGGUUGUUUGUAUAUCUAAAACCUAAACAAUACAACACUAAUUGCAAUACACUUCUACAAAGGUCUCAUCUCCAAGUCUCACCAAACUGUUUAGUUUUGCAUUGUCUGCUAUUUAAUUACAAUCCUACAUACAAUUGAAAUAGCAGUGGCAUGCUCCAAUGGUACCAGAGAGAGAUGGUCUGAAAGGCCAUGCUAUUCAUAUACCUGUAGACAAGCACCAUCAGCAGCAUCUAGAAACAUAUCCAUAAAUUUAGAUCUUGGAACCCACCUCAGAUCCACUGACUGAGAAUAUUUUACAAAGAUUUCCCACAUGAUUCAUCUGAAUACUAAAACUUGGAAACACUUUACUGGGUGGGUGGUUCUCUUCUUCAACUGCACAAUAGAGUCAUCUGGAGAGCUUUAUUUUUAAAAGGUGCCUUAUUUCUCCUCCUUAACUUUGGGAGGACAAUAAACAUGUAUUAAAAAAAGGAGGGGAUACAAAGUCAGAAAAUGCAGAUUUGAAUAGAAGCUUGUUCACUUACUGUGUUUUAAAAUACCUUUAUCUCUAGGAACUUUAUUUUCCUCAGAUGAUUGUAUGAUGAUAAAAUAAGUAAUAUGUGUGAGCAUAUUCGUAAAUUGUCAAAGCCUAGUCCAAUAUUAUUGUUAGUGACUGGUAUGGUAUAAAGUCAAAUAAAUAGAUUAAGAGAUUAAGCAUGCUAUUUUCAAAAUAAUGAUACUCAAAACAGGUCUGUCUUCAACUGAAUUGGAAAUAAUCAAUGUUUGCUAAAAAGCAAAGGGCUCAUCCCUGACUCAGAACUUCUACACCACAAUCUCCAAAAAUUGAACGCAGAAGUUUGUAUUUUUAAGAAACGACCAAGGUAAUUAUUGUGUGUCCUUUAUCUCCUGCCUUAUGAGCUAGAAGAGGAAUUUCAAAAGCUAAACUCACAGCUGUUAACCUACUCCAGCCAGUGCUGACAUACUUGUUGCCCCUCCCCCAAUGACAUCUUCCUUCUUAUGCUAAUACUCUAGAGACUCAUGAAACUCACAUGUAGUUUUUCUCUUCUGAAUUACUCUAGGUACGAUAAAGUAAAAUGGAAAGGACCAAUUGGACAGAGAUUGAGUUCAUUUUACAGGGACUUUCUGAGUACCCAAGAGCUGAAAAAUUCCUUUUUGUGAUAUGCUUAGUGAUGUACCUGGUAAUCCUCCUGGGGAAUAGCACCUUGAUCAUCCUCACUCUCCUGGAUGCCCGCCUUCACACCCCUAUGUACUUCUUCCUUGGUAAUCUUUCCUUCCUAGACAUUUGGUACACAUCCUCCUUUAUCCCCUCAAUGCUAAUACACUUCCUUUCAGAGAAAAAAUCCAUCUCCUUCACUAGAUGUGUUGUUCAGAUGUCUGUCUCUUACACUAUGGGGUCCACAGAGUGUGUGCUCCUAGCAGUGAUGGCAUAUGACCGUUAUGUAGCCAUCUGCAUCCCUUUGAGGUACCCCAUCAUCAUGAGCAAGGCACUAUGUAUUCAGAUGGCAGCUCUCUCCUGGGGACUUGGCUUUCUCAAUUCAUUGACAGAAACGAUUCUUGCAGUACGACUGCCCUUCUGUGGAAAAAAUGCCAUUAAUCAUUUUGUUUGUGAAAUACUGGCCUUUGUCAAGCUGGCUUGCACAGAUAUUUCCUUGAAUGAGAUUACUAUAAUGUUGGGCAAUGUCCUAUUUUUGUUUUCUCCAUUACUGUUGAUUUGUGUCUCUUACAUUUUUAUCCUUUCUACUGUACUAAGAAUCAACUCAGCGGAAGGAAGAAAAAAGGCUUUUUCCACCUGCUCAGCCCACGUAACAGUCGUGACUGUGUUUUAUGGAACAAUCCUCUUCAUGUAUAUGAAACCAAAGUCUAAAGACUCUGCUUUUGACAAACUGAUUGCCCUUUUCUAUGGAGUAGUCACACCCAUGCUCAAUCCUAUCAUCUAUAGCCUGAGGAAUACGGAGGUGCAUGGAGCUAUGAGAAAACUGAUGACUAGGCUGGUUUGGGAGGAAAGGAUGAGGAAUUUACAUCUUUGAGUUGAUGCACAAAAUAAGUUCAUAUGGGAAGCAAGGUUUUUCAUAUAAACAAAAGAAAUACAGGCUACAUGUAGAAUCACAGAAUUUAGGAGUUGGAAAGAAAUUGCAAGGUAAUAAGUAAACUUUACCUUUUAUGAAAUUAAGAUAAAAUAUAGAGACAACUAGUCUAAGAAAUAACAACAAACUUUUAGAAAUAAGAAAACAAUUGAUACUAUCUUUUACCAAGAAAAGCCAGUGCACAUGUCUAUUUAACAAGUAAAACAAAUGUUUUCACUCCCCUUUUAGGGGAGAACUAUUUUUCUUCAUGUUUUUGUGCUCAUUAUUUUGUUUUACUCAAGGGAAUUAAUCUGGCCCCAACCUAAUUUUCCAGGUACAUGGGAUUCCUUCUUUCCCUCCCUGGGUUCCCCCCAUGCCCUUUGCACAUACUGUGCUCUAUUCACUAUAUAGUUAUAUAAUUAUAUCAUGUUCUUUUUCACCUAAAAUAGCACAUGCCAUUUCAUCCCCAUUAUCACCUUUCUCCCGUGGCGGCACUGCAGCCACCUCAUUAAAGACAAUUUAAGUGUUGUAUCUUCCUGAAAAUCCUUCCAAACUUUACCCACAUUAUUUGGGUAAAUUAUUGCAAAGCAGUAUUUACAAUAGCCAAGAUAUAGGUGCCAUCUAAGUGUCCAUGGACAGAUGA